AUGACUGGAAGAGGAAGAGAGUUAGCAGAUGUUUUGAAACGACGAAGAGUGAAUGUUGCCUGUUUGCAGGAAACAAAAUGGAAGGGCAAUAAAGCAAGAGAGAUUGGGGAGGGAUACAAGUUUUAUUAUUGUGGAAGUGAUGGGAAGCAAAAUGGAGUAGGAGUUGUGUUAGAUAGUGGAAUGAAAGAACGAGUGACAGAUGUGAAAAGAGUAAAUGACAGAAUGAUAGUUGUUAAAUUAAUGAUUGAAAACAAAGUAGUGAAUGUUGUAAGUGUGUACGCUCCGCAAACAGGCUGUGAAGAGAGUGUGAAAGAGAAGUUUUGGGAGGAAUUUGAUUGUAUGAUGAUGGGAAUACCUGAGCGUGAGGAUGUUUAUAUGGGAGGAGAUUUUAAUGGACAUGUAGGGAGAGUGAAUGACGGGUAUGAAAGAGUACACGGUGGAUGGGGGUACGGAGUGCGGAACCGUGAGGGGGAAGUUCUUCUGCAAGCAGCAUGUGCUUUCGACCUGGCUGUAGUAAACACGUGGUUCCAAAAACGAGAUCAGCAUCUUGUUACUUAUAAAAGUGGCCACCACGCGACACAGAUCGACUAUCUUCUGAUAAGACGGAACCAAAUCAAGAGUGUAAAAAACUGCAAAGUGCUUCCAGGUGAAGACUUAGUAUCCCAGCACCGAAUCCUGCUGGCUGACAUCUGCUUAACUGUUCGCCUCAACAAAUAUAAGGAUCGUCCCCCACCCAAAAUAAAGUGGCAUUUGCUGCAUAAGGAGGGGUAUGCAAGUGAAUUUAGAGAGCUAGUUGUAAACAAGAUGAUAGAGAUGGGUGAUAUGGAAGGAAUGAGUGUGAAUGAGUGCUGGAAGGAAAUGGCUGAUUGUAUCCGAAGUGUGGCAAGGAAGGUGUUAGGAGAAACAAAAGGGAAGCGUAUGAUAGAUAAGGUUGGGUGGUGGUGGUGGAGUGAAAGUAUUAGAGAAGUUUUGAGAGAAAAGAAAAAUGCCUUUAAAGAAUGGCAGAGCGUAGAAGACCAGAAUGAAUCCAUAAAAGAAAGUAAGAGAGGGGCGUAUAAAGAAUGUAAGAAGAGAGCGAAGAAGGAAGUUGCUAUUUGUAGGGCAGAGGCGCACGAUAAAUUAUAUCGGUCCCUUGAAAGCCCCGAAGGUCAAAAACGACUUUUUCAAAUUGCAAGAGCGAGAGAAAGGAAUGGAAGAGAUGUUUCACAUGUAAAAUGUAUAAAAGAUGAUUCUGGAAGGAUUUUGACUGACGAUGAAAGUAUAAAGAAGCGAUGGAAGGAGUAUUUUGAGAAAUUGAUGAAUGAGGAGAAUGAAUGGAAUGGUAUGCUUGAAAACCCACCAGUGAAUAUGGGCUUAGUGAGAGAAAUUAGUGUGGAAGAAGUAAAAAUGGCUGUUAGGAAUAUGAAGAAUGGGAAGGCGGUCGGCCCAGAUGGAAUACCAGUAGAAGUGUGGAAGUUGCUGAGGGCGGAUGGAUGGAAGUGGUUGAGUUUAUUUUUCGGUAAAUUGUUGCAGGAAGAACAAAUACCUGAGGAAUGGUGCAGUAGUAUACUGGUUCCCAUUUUUAAAAACAAAGGAGACGUUCAAAACUGCAGCAGUUACCGGGGAAUAAAGCUCAUGUCACAUACGAUGAAAGUCUGGGAAAGAAUAAUAGAGAGAAGAAUGAGAGAAGAGUGUGAGAUAACACAAAACCAGUUCGGAUUCAUGCCCGGUCGAGAUGCCAUUUUCGCAUUACGCCAAUUGUGCGAAAAGUACAAGCGCGUGCAUAAAGAUCUGCACAUGGUUUUUGUCGACCUUGAAAAGGCGUACGAUCGGGUUCCCCGUGAGGUCUUGUGGUGGGCGUUGAAGAUGAAAGGUAUGCCUGGGAAGUAUGUGAGGUUGGUCCGUGCUAUGUACAGAGCAUCCCGUACAUGUGUACGAUCUGCCGCGGGAACUACGGGCAGUAUCGAUGUGGCGGUAGGGCUGCACCAAGGGUCGGCACUGAGCCCUUACCUCUUCCUACUGAUUAUGGACGCUUUGACGUCGGACCUGCAGGAUGAGGCACCCUGGUGCAUGCUCUUUGCCGAUGACAUCGUGCUUGUCGGGGAAGAAGGCAUCGAGGUACAGAGCAGACUGACGGGGUGA